AUGUGUUGGAAGGAGUGGAAAGAACAUUUUGACGAAAGAGCCUUAAGCAAAGAAAUAUGGUACAAGACUAUUCAACCAGCUUUAUCGCGGGGUCCCUGGUUUGUCGAUACAGGUUUGAGUAGACAAGAAGUCAUCACAGCACAUAGGCUUCGAUCCGGACACAUUCCAUUAAAUAGAAUUGGCUUCCUAAUGAAGAAAUUUGAUUCGCCAUUGUGCACAGAAUGUGACCAAGUAGAGGAUACAUAUCAUGUUUUAAUGGAAUGUGUGCGAAUCGAAACUGAAAGAAACCUAGAAGGAAAGGACACAGUACCAGAAAUAAUGCUUUCCGAAGUGGAGAAAGCCAUUACAUCACAAAAAAAGGAUAAAUCCCCUGGAUCAGAUAAUAUUAUCAAUGAAUAUCUAAUAGAAAACAAAGAUAUUAUAACACCUAUUCUGACAUAUAUAUUUAAAGACGUAAUAGAAAGUGAACUUAUCCCAGAGCAAUGGAUAUCGUCAACAAUAUUCUUACUGCAUAAGAAAGGGAGCAAAAACGACAUAAACAAUUACAGACCCAUUAGUCUUAUAACCAAUAUCUACAAGAACACGAAGCUAUUUGGAAAGCACUUAAGAGUCAAGAGAAACAUUUAUACUAAUAGUAAAGCAAAGAUAAGGCUAGAAAAAGAAGGAAAAGAAAUUAAGAUAGGAAGAGGUGUCCGUCAGGGUGAGCCUGUUUCACCUAAACUCUUUACGGCAGUUCUGGAAGAGAUUUUUCGGCAACUAAACUGGGAACAAAGUGGUAUAACAAUAAAUGGAGAAAAUCUGUCACAUUUGCGAUUCGCAGAUGACAUUAUAAUCUUCGCCCAAACAAAGGACGAUCUCGAGGGAAUGAUAAAUGACCUGGAUAGAGAAAGUCGGAAAGUGGGAUUGAAUAUGAACACUCAGAAAACCAAAGUCAUGACAAAUGGGACAGAAGAACCUAUCUACGUCUUGGGCAACGCAAUUGAAUAUGUAGACGAAUAUGUAUAUCUGGGCCAAAUUAUUUCCUUAAAAGACCUGACAUCGAAAGAAGUGGAAAAACGCAUAGGGAAUGCUUGGAAGAGAUUCUGGAGCCUAAGGGAAAUAUUUAAAAAUGAAGAAAUAAGCAUGGCCAUAAAGAGAAAACUAUUUAACACCUGCAUUGUACCAAUACUUACAUACGGUUGCCAAACUUGGUCUCUGACUAAAGCUCAAACUAAAAAGUUGGAAACUUGCCAGAAUGCCAUGAAUAGAAGCAUGAUGGGGAAAAAGUUGUCAGACAAAAUAAGAAUCACAACAAUUAAGAAUUAUACAAAAACCAAUAAUGUUACUGUCAUCAUCAAGAAACUCAAAUGGAAGUGGGCUGGGCACACUGUCAGAGGCCAUGAAAAAUGGAGCAAAAUACUAAUGAACUGGUAUACAGGUUACAUGAAAAGAAAGAGGGGUAGAUCUUUCCAAAGAUGGGUCGAUGAAAUCAAAGCUGUGGCAGGUAACACAUGGACAAGAAAAGCUCGUGAUAGACAGAUGUGGAGGCAAUUGGAGGAGGCCUUUGCCUAA